AGCGCGUCCGUGUUAUGUGUGCCAUGGACUCAGCCCAGUAAUAUUGACAAUAGGGCAAAAAAGGACAAAUUUUCUUGAUAAAUCAUAUUUUCUGGAUAAAUCUAACCAGCAAGCGCGGUGUGUGGACAAAAAGAGACACAAGGGGAUGUUCUUAAUUCAGCUGGAACCUUUACUGUUGUCGGAAAUUUGAGUGUUUGAUGGGAUUAUUGCUGUGGGUUUGGCAGUUUUUAAGGCCAAAAACAGAUUUGGUGUCUUUAUUUUUCUUUUGUUGCUGCUUCAAGAGGUUUUGAAGGCGGAAAGGCGAUUAGAAACUCCUAUAUCAGCUCCUCACACCGAAAACAUCAAGGGCUAUGUCCUCCGCAGCCACCACUCCUCCAUCAGUGGAUAAAGUAGACGGAUUUUCCCGGAAGUCUGUCCGGAAAGCCAAGCAGAGACGUUCUCAGAGUUCCUCACAGUUCCGCUCUCAGGGCAAACCAAUCGAACUUACACCUCUUCCCCUGCUCAAAGACGUCUCUGCUCAGGAGCAGCCGGAGUUGUUCCUGAAGAAACUUCAGCAGUGUUGUGCUGUGUUUGAUUUCAUGGACACACUGUCAGACCUGAAGAUGAAAGAAUACAAGCGAUCAACCCUCAACGAGCUUGUCGAUUAUGUCACAGUCAGCCGAGGAUAUCUCACAGAACAGGCCUACCCUGAGGUCGUCAAAAUGGUGUCCUAUAAUAUAUUCCGUACUCUUCCACCCAGUGACAGUAAUGAGUUUGACCCAGAGGAGGAUGAGCCCACUCUAGAGGCCUCAUGGCCACAUUUACAGCUGGUGUAUGAGUUCUUCAUUCGUUUUUUGGAGAGUCAGGAGUUUCAGCCCAGCAUUGCCAAGAAGUAUAUAGACCAGAAAUUCGUCUUACAGCUGCUGGAGUUGUUUGACAGCGAGGACCCAAGGGAGAGAGAUUACCUGAAAACAGUCUUACACAGAAUCUAUGGAAAAUUCCUGGGACUGAGAGCUUUUAUACGAAAACAGAUUAAUAAUAUUUUUCUACGGUUUGUUUAUGAAACUGAGCACUUCAAUGGUGUUGCAGAGUUAUUGGAGAUUUUGGGCAGCAUCAUCAAUGGCUUUGCUCUGCCACUGAAGGCCGAACACAAACAGUUUCUGGUGAAAGUUUUGAUUCCCCUUCACACCGUCAGGAGCCUCUCACUCUUCCAUGCACAGCUGGCAUAUUGUAUUGUACAGUUCUUAGAGAAAGACCCAGCGUUAACAGAACCAGUCAUCAGAGGUUUUCUGAAAUUCUGGCCUAAAACUUGUAGUCAGAAAGAGGUCAUGUACCUUGGAGAGUUGGAAGAGAUUCUGGAUGUGAUUGAGCCCACACAGUUUGUGAAGAUCCAGGAACCUCUCUUCAAACAGAUCUCCAAAUGUGUAUCUAGCCCUCAUUUUCAGGUGGCUGAGAGAGCUCUGUACUACUGGAAUAAUGAGUACAUCAUGAGUCUUAUUGAGGAGAACUCCAACGUGAUUCUUCCCAUUAUGUUCACCAGUCUGUACCGGAUCUCCAAAGAACACUGGAACCCGGCCAUAGUAGCUUUAGUCUAUAAUGUUCUGAAGGCCUUCAUGGAAAUGAACAGCACUUUGUUUGAUGAACUCACUUCCACUUACAAGUCAGAUCGUCAGAGAGAGAAGAAGAAAGAAAAGGAGAGAGAGGAGUUGUGGAAAAGGUUGGAGGACCUAGAAUUGAAGAGAAGCCUCCACUGCGAUGGAUUUAUUCCCACUUAACGUCGCGCCUCUACCGGACCGUUUUCCCAACGCCUCCACCAUGUGCUCGGAAUGUUGGCCACAUUUAUUUUCUUUCUGUAUUUGUGCGACUUACUUUACCGUAGAUUCACCUUGUCAGUCUCAUUAUUUCAAAAGCACUGUAAAUAACUUUUAUUUGAUCCUUUUUUCCCCUUAAAAAUAUUAUGCCGAAAAAGAACAUGACUAGAAAAGGAAGUUAAAAUUAAAUUAAAUAAAAUUAGCAAAAACAAAAUUAUAAUAAAAAGUAAAGAAACUGGCACUGGAGAGGGAAGGACUUUGAACAAGACAGUAGGACUGAUAAAACGACAGCUGUGGAGAUGAAAAUCGCACAAAUGGAGAAUCUCAGCCCACCAAUCUGACAUACCUCACCCAUCCCUUCAGAACAACACCAGCCCUAUUCUCUCUCUCUCUCUCUCUCUCUCUCUCUCUCUCUCUCUCUCUCUCACUCUCUUUCCUGCCCCCUCUCAUCAUCCCUUACUUAUCCCCCCACUGCCAUUUUUCAUUAUGUCAGCUCUCAAUUAAUUGGUUUGUUUCAUCAACAUAUUCCACCUGGGUGUCCAGUAUAUCUGAAAGAAAAAUUGUCUGCCCUGUUCGUAAUCCUGACCUUUGACCCAAGUGCUAUGGAUCAUCUGGUAAAAUCUGGAUAAAUACAGUGGGUUUGGAUUGUAGACUUCUCAAAGGGGACAUAAAGGACACUAUGCAGUAACCAGCAGAGAAGAGGAAGUCAUGAAUACACACCAGUUGUUACACCGCCCCCCCCCCCAUUUCUGUCCAAAGGUGCCACCUGGUUCACUUGUUUGGACUCUUUGGCACCAGUCCGGUACUGGUACCAGUGAAUGACUCGCAUACACACAUCUGACAGGGGUAUCAACAAUUCCAGCACCAAAUCGGAGAUGCUUGUCAUAUUGAACUGCAUAUGCACACACACACACACACACACACACACACACUGCAUUUGAGUGUGUGGGAGAGUUUCUUACAGUGUUAAGUACCUGUAUACUGUACCUGAUUACAGUACUUUGAUACUCUGUUUCUAGUAGAACCUUUAGCUUAUAUUUCUUUAGGAGAGUCCAAUAUAUGAUGUGGAACGAUUGAACAAUGCCUCUUGGGAUUUAUUUUUCUGUCUUUCUAGGGUUUCACUUCUUAGUUGUUUUGGGUUUAUUUGUAUUUUUGUCUGGAAUUGGAUUUUUCUUUUGACCAAGUGAAAUUUGUUCUCUUUUUUUAUUUAAUUUUUUUAUUAUCUUAGCUGCUGAUUGGGGAGGGGGAGGUGAGAGUGGGAUUGUGGAGGACUGAUGAUGUGGUGAGCUUUGUCAGAAUGAACCUGUGCUUUAGAUAGCCCCAGACAUCAAACAAUUACAAAAGUUAAAAAGGGUCUGAGAAAUACAAAUGUUUAAUUAUUUUAAAAAAUAAAGAGAUAUUAAAUUAAACCUGUUUUGUGAUAAAGAUGAAAUGCCAUUUGCUUAUUUGUGGUGUGUGAGCAGGUGAAUGUGUAAAAGAG